AGGCCUAUUGGACUGUCAAAUGCUCAAUAGGGUUCAAAUUAAAUUUGAAUUAUUUGUGUGUGCUGCGUAUCGCAAAUUUUAAAUCGGACGAAAGAAACUCGCUGCUAAAUAAGCAUAAAAUUACGCUUUAACCAUCAAUAAUUAAAACUUAUUCGCGAUGUCCGACGACGACUGCAGCCUGAUGGACGAUCUCCGAGUCGGGGUGUCCCAGUUCGAAGCCAAUGUGGCCGCACUGGCGCAGGUGCUGGAGGGCUAUGCAACCGAGGUCACCGAGUUUCAACAUCUGGACGAUGAUAUCCGCCGGUUGGAGACCACCAGCAGAUUGCUUUGCGGCUCGGUGGAAAAGGCCACUCAAAUCGUAGUCCCCGGAAUGCUGGCGGAUAUUGAAGCAAAGAAUCAACAGUUGGAUCAGCUCUGUUUGGCCAGCAGGAAUUGCGAGGCCACGGUUAAAGCUCAGAGAGAGAAGAUUUCCCAACUGGAAACGGAACUGAAGGCAGUUAGAGAACAUAUUUCCAGCCAGGCGGUCGGCCAGUUCGAAUCCGUCUCGUGGAUCGGCUCGAUUAUGGGCGCAAUGCUGUGGAAGUCGUGCAAGCAACAUGAAAGCGUCAAGGCCCUCAUCGGAACGGACAGCCUGCGGGACUUCCUCGGGAUGGCCAACUGCGUGCUGAGCAGCUUCCUUGCGCGCCAGGGAGCGGGCGGAGCAGCCCUGUCAUCCGACAGUGAGGAUUACAAGUUUUUGGCCACGAUUUGCGGGUGUCUAACGAACUUGGCUGCGUUCCCGGAAGGGAGGACACAUUUGGCCAUCGAAACGGACGGGUUGCUGUUUGCCAAUAAUCUGCUGCUGGCACUGGAUUUGUUUCGGAUGCCCGAGGGCAGACUACUGAAGCGGAUGUCGUUGACCUUCGUGUUCAACAUUUGCCUGGAGAAUAACGGAGCGAAAUUUGUGCUGGGCGAUGAGGCCCGACUUGGAAGCAUAGUGCGAUGCUUGGAUCAGAACAACUCGCAAGACGUGCUGACCCUGAGCGUUAGCCUGCUGGUAAGGUUGAUCAAGUCGGUGCCCGAAUACCGAACAAGGGCGGAAAUCGCUUUGCAGAUUCCCAGGGUAAUGGUGAAGCAGAUUACCAGCACUAGCAAUCAGGAGCUGAAAGAAACGGCAUCCCAUCUGUUGGAGUUGGUCGAGUUCGAUUGGAUCAAGGCUGCGAUUAAUAACGGAAAGUGAGAGGAAAUUUUAAAGUAAA